AGCAGCAGAGACGCGGCAGUGUUUGACCCGGGACACGGUGGAGAUGACAGGUGCCCACAUCGCGAUAAGAGCGGCACUCAUGCUGCUGCUGCCGCUGCUGCUCCUCUGCUCCUCCGGCGGAGAAGCGCAGCAAUCCGCUGCAGCUGUAAGACAGUAUUAUAUAGCAGCAGUAGAAAUCGGUUGGGACUAUAUCUACCUGGACGAUGUUGAUCCAGCGUCCGACCAAAGAAGAAGAACCAAAGAUAUUCCACAAAAAUACAUCAAGGCAGUUUAUAGGGAGUAUACAGACGCCACCUACACUGUCCCCAAAACAAGGCCAGCAUGGACCGGUAUUCAAGGCCCGGUGAUCGUUGCCCAGGCUGGGGACAAAGUGGUGGUCCACUUCAAAAACCUGGCCUCUCAGCCCUACAGUAUCAGCCCUGUGGGCAUCACCUAUGGGAAAAAGUCUGAAGGAGCCGGGUAUGAUGACUCGACAGUGGGCCAGGAGAAGGAUGAUGAUGCCAUCUCCCCUGGAGGAUACUAUGACUAUGUUUGGGAAAUCAGCGCUAAAGAUGGUCCCACCGCCAGUGACCCCGAGUGCCUGACCUACUCCUACUCAUCCCAGGUGGACACAGUGCGAGAUGUAAACUCAGGACUCAUCGGGGCCCUGCUCAUCUGCAAAUCAAGUGCCUUCACAGAUGAUGGCCAGAGGAGAAAUCCAGCGUUUGUCCUACUGUUUGCAGUGUUUGAUGAGACCAAGAGCUGGUAUGGAGAGGUUGGAGAGAGGAAGAGCAGAGAGAAGUUCAAGAGGGGCAACGACAGGAAGGAAUACCACACCGUCAAUGGAUAUGUCAAUGCUACGUUACCCGGUUUGACAAUGUGUCAGGGUCCUAAUUACAUGUUCUGGCAUUUGAUUGGGGUGGGCACAGCUCCAGAAAUCCACUCCAUUCAGUUUCAGGGUCACACUCUGCAGGUUUUGACACAUCGUAAAGUCACCAUGGAGGUGACUCCUAUGACAUUCAUCACUGCAGAAAUGAGACCUGCUACUAUAGGCUCCUUCCUUAUCAGCUGUCAGAUACAUGCUCACCGCCACAGUGGCAUGAACGCUUUGUUCACGGUGAGGAAAUGCCUUGAUCCUGUCAUUCUGCCGGGACCCGACCUGCGUAACGUCAAACACAAGGAUGACGGGGACGGGGACAGUGAAGAAUACAGUGAUGAAGAUGACAAUUUGUUCAACACCAUAAGCUUUGAGCCUAAGAAACCACAAGUGCAAGCCAGAGCCAGUAGGGGAGAGCAGCCUGUAACAUGGGAGCAUUACAUCGCAGCUGAGGAGGUCACCUGGGACUACGCUCCUCAUCUUAAACCCACAGACAGUGUGUUGCAGUCUGCAUAUUUCCCUGCAACUCCCCAUCACCUGGAUUACAAGUAUAAAAAGGUAGUGUAUGUGGAGUACACAGAUGGAUCUUUCACUCAGAGGAAGAACCCUGCCAAGACACUGCUCGGUCCACUCCUAAAAGGAAAAGUCAAUGAUCAAAUCCAUAUCACUUUCAGAAACCUUGCCAGUCGCCCUUUCAAUAUCUAUCCCAAUGGCCUUACCAAGAUAUUUCCACUGCAGAAAUCCACAAAUGAUGCAGAGAAUGACUUACGCUCCAUGGGAGUGCCCCCCAACGGGACAUUUGGCUACAUUUGGAAGCUAACAACAGAGGAUGGGCCGUUGGAGGGAGACCCCCUGUGUCUGACCCAGCUGUAUCAGAGCACCGUCUCACCAGAGAGGGACUUGGCCUCCGGACUGGUUGGCACCCUGCUCAUCUGCAAGUACAGCACUAUCGACAACAGAGGACGUCUGUUGGGCCCAGAUAAAGAGUGGAGCGUGAUAUUUGCUGUGUUUGAUGAGAACAGAAGUUGGUACAUCAACGAGAACAUGCAGAAGUCCAGCCGCAAGUCAUCUAACAUCACAGACGUUGAAUUCUACAACUCCAAUGUCAUUUACAGUGUAAACGGUAUCAUGUUCAGCGGACGUCAGUUUGUGAUGUGUAAAACUGAUGUCACCUUCUGGCAUGUGGCCAGUGUGGGCACCCAGAGUGACUUCCUCUCAGUUUACUUCACGGGAAACCUCUUUCAGUACCAAGGCCUCUACCAGUCUGUCCUCACACUCUUCCCCAUGACUGGCAUGACCCUUCCCAUGGAAACCGAGCUGACAGGUGAGUGGGAGAUCAGUGCCUUUGAUGGCAGCCUCAAGAGCCGGGGGAUGAGCAUCAGUUACUCCGUUCGUCCUUGCGACGUUGGAGACCUCCCAUUAGUCGAUUAUGAUGGUGAUCAAGAAGAUAUCUUUGAUUAUUUGGAUCAGAUAGAUCUACAGCCAAGGGGCAGAAGACUUCAAAAUCACACGGUGUUGGUUAAAGUGUGCAAGAAACAGGUCACUAACAACAACACUCAGUCAGUAAACACUUCCGGUCAAAAUGUCACUAAUGAUAAAACUGAGGGGACUGGAGCUGAAGGACAGUCAGGGUGUAAGAUUAGGAAAGUGAAAGUGACAUCACUGGAAGGAGGAGGAGGAGAAAUCCCUCUGGAUGUCUUAGAGAAAAUAGAGAGAGGCGGGGAGUGGACAGUGUCUCAGAAUGGGACUGAACCUGGGGGAGAGAGAUCUGGGAGACAGAGAAGACAGGCAGAGGGCAACUGGACAGAUGUAGAUAUCAGUUCUGGAGCCUCUGAGGAUAGAGGAACUGGGAUAGAGAUCAGAGAAGAGACUAUGGAAAAUCGGAAUCACACUGGUGCUGAGGGAAAAGCUGAGGAAAGGAGUGAAAUGUCAAGUGUAAAUAAUGGCACAGAGGGAGAGCUCAAUGAGCGCAACGACAUCUUACUGAAAGGUAACCCACAGCUGGACAAGAAGGUCUCAACUGUAGAAGUAAUAGAUCAAAACCACAUUCAGUCCGAACCUGAGCGACUUACUGUGGAGCUGCUGGAGCUGGAAUACAACAACACAACAGGGACUGAUCUGUCCCUCGAGUAUGAUGACUACAGCCAAGAGGUGAACAGCACAUCAGAUGUAUUUGCCACCGAUUACAUGGACCUGCGCUCUGGAGACAUCAGCUAUCGCACUUACUACAUUGCUGCAGAGGAGAUCACCUGGGACUAUGGCAUCAGAAAACCACAUCAGCUGAUCAAACCCAGAGAGAUGCGUCGUGGGAUGAGAAAGUUCCUGCCAGAGUACAAGAAGGUGGUGUUUCGAGCCUACAGGGAUAAAGACUUCCUACUUCCUGUAAACAGAGGGGAGGUCCAGGAACACCUGGGAAUCAUGGGACCUUUCAUCAGAGCUGAGAUUAAUGAUCUCCUCACUGUGAUUUUUAAGAACAAGGCAUCCAGGCCUUACUCCUUUUACCUUCAGGGAGUCUAUGACCACAGCCAGGGGGCCGGCAGUGCCCAAACCCAUGCUUCCUCUGCUCCACCCGGGGUCCCAGGAAAGCCUGUGGCUCCAGGGGAGGCACGGACAUAUAACUGGAGAAUAACCAAGAAACAAGGACCAACUGACACUGAAUUUAACUGCAAGACUGGGGCAUACUACUCCACUGUGGACAAGGAGAGGGACCUUCAUUCGGGUCUGAUAGGUCCACUGGUGAUCUGUAAGCCCAAUACCCUCCUGACUCGUCAGAACACGCAGCCAGACAUCCAGGAGUUGGCCCUUCUCUUCCACACCUUUGAUGAAACUAAAAGCUGGUACCUGGAGGAGAGCCUGCAGCGGUACUGCACUCCACCCUGUCAGGCCAACACUCAGGACCCCUGGUACCACACCAGCAACAAGUUUGCAGCAAUAAAUGGUUAUGUGGCCGAGACACUUCCUGGUCUGUUGGUCGCCCAGCACCAGCAAGUCAGGUGGCACCUGCUGAAUGUAGGAAGCGACGGAGAGUACCACGCUGUGCACUUCCAUGGUUUGCCUUUCACUGUUCAGACUAAACAGAAACACCGAAUGGGGGUCUACAACCUCUUCCCUGGUGUGUUUGGAACAGUGGAGAUGAGACCCCCCACAGUUGGCACAUGGCUGGUGGAGUGUACAAUAGGAGACUACCAACUAGCCGGCAUGAGGGCUAAACUACUGGUCUAUAAUCCACGAUGUGUCUUGCCCCUGGGGAUGAAAUCAGGAAGGAUCGAGGCUUCCCAGAUCACAGCAUCAGAUCACAUAGAUAACUGGGAGCCGGCGCUGGCAAGGCUGGAUCAGUCUGGUUAUAUCAAUGCCUGGAUGGGCAAAAACAAGAUGUCAUGGAUACAGGUUGACCUUCAGAGGCCCACCCUGCUGCAUGGUGUGCAGACACAGGGAGUCAGUGCAAAGCUGAGGGACAACUAUGUCACAUUCUUCACCGUCUCCUACAGCAUGGACCAGGAGAACUGGACCAUUUACAGAGGAAACAGCACCAGGCAGACCAGCAUGUUUAAUGGCAACAUGGACAGCUCCAAGGUGAAACUCAACCUCUUCUCUCCCCCAUUUGUGGCUCGCUACGUCAGGAUUCGUCCAUUAAGCUUUGUGCAAAAACCUGCUCUCCGAUUGGAGCUGCUGGGCUGCGAUAUCAACAGCUGCUCUCUCCCUCUCGUGCUCCAGAAGAGGCUUUCUGACGACAGAUUUAGUGCAUCCUCAUUUUAUUCAUCUCUUCUGCGUAGCUGGAACCCCAGCCUCGCCCGCCUCCAUCAGAAAGGCAGUGCCAACGCCUGGAGACCAAAGAACAACAACCCCCACGAGUGGCUGCAGGUUGACUUAGAGAAAGUAAGCCGCAUCACAGGGGUCGUAACACAAGGAGCACAAUCGGUGUUGACCCAAAUGAUGGUGACAGAGUUCUCAGUCACUGUCAGCCAUGAUGGACACUCCUGGAGCAGUGUGUUAGAGGAGCGCUCCCAAAGAGAGAAGAUCUUCACAGGAAACAACGAUUCAGAAGAGGAAGCUUUCAUCAUUUUUGAUCCGCCUCUGUUCGGCCGCUACCUCCGUAUCCACCCACGGGGUUGGAUCAACGACAUCGCCCUGCGUCUGGAGGUCUUGGGCUGUGACACGCAGCAGGGUCUCUAACACCACUGUGCUAAACUCACCAACGCCAUGCAGCAACAUUUUAGCAGCAUAAUGUAUCCUGGUUUCCGGAGUGGCAAGUGAUGGAAAAUGUUAUAUUGUUACGCAGCGCACUUAUUAAAUUAUAUAUUACAUGUAACUGUUUGUGUGAGAUAAGCUAAUUCUUCUGUGGCUGAAACAUCGUUUACACGUUCACCUUUUUCACAACAGGUCAUUUCAUUUAUAUUUCUGUCAUGUUUGUCAAUAGAAAAAAAAUGUAUAUGUCAGUUUAAACAGGACUACAGUGCUUAGCUACACAGUAUUUGCUUUACCUCUCCAGUACACAGCUGUGCUAACAAGUGAGCAAACCUUUUGAAUGCAAGCAUAUGUAAAUAUUUCAGACUCCGAUGGAUGUAUAAAGUUUGAAUGGUUGAUGUAUAUUGUUGGAAAAGUUUGUAUUAAAGUAUUUUUCUGCUUUGUUAGAGUUUAUACAAACAAUGAA